CACCAUCGCAGACCUGCAGUCACAUACGCUGAACUGAAGAGUUGACUUGAUUUGAGAAUGUCAUCAAUGUACCAGAGCCCUAGUACCUGUGGAGGAUCUACAGACCAGCCUGACAUCUUGGCUGAGCUGAAGGCUCGAGUGGAGAAGCUGGAGAGAGAGAACAAAGAUCUGCAGACCAGACAGGCAGAGAUCGAGGUGAACAAUGACAGCAGAAAGGUGGCUUUCUCUGCAAGUAUAACUUCACCAGUGGGACCCUUCUGCGCAGACACAACCCUGGUCUACCCCAAUGUCAUCACCAACAUCGGCGGAGCCUACAACCCAGUCACUGGAAUCUUCACUGCACCAGUGAAAGGAGUCUACCUGUUCAGUUUCACUGGCAUGGAUGAUCGUUCCCAUUAUGGGGUGUCAGUUUUCCUGUUCAAGAACGACAAAAAACUGAUGUCUCAGUGGAAGAUGAAUAAUGGCAGUACACAUCAGUAUGUUCAGAACACGGUGAUCGUAGAGCUGAAAGAUGGAGAUGUCAUCUACACACGUCUACCUGCAGGUCACAGGAUCCUAGGUGAUGCCAUAAACGAUAUUGAUACCUUAACUUUAAACGAUAACAACAUCUUCAGUGGCUUCCUGCUCUUCACUGUGUGAGUGGAACACUGCUAAAGUUGUGAUGAUCAGACUAAGAUCAGACUGUCACUGCUGAAAACAUGUACGUGUUUUCUGCAUUGGACAAUAA